AUGGCUACAAACAGCACCAACGACUCGUUCGGUCUCGCCAACUCCACUGCCUUUGACUGGGAGCCGUUCUACUACGCCGACCCGCCCUACCGCGAGCUGCAGAUGGUUUGGCUGGCAGCCUGUACUGUUCUGGGGAUCUGCGGGAACAUGGCGCUCCUGAUCACCGUCUCUUGCGUACAGGAGCUGAGAACGCCCGGGAACGCUCUGCUCUGCGCUCUGGCCGUGGCCGACAUCUUCCAACUUCUUUCUAAAGUCCCCCCGUCUAUGAUUUUCUUGCUUCACGGGAAGCCUUUGGCGUGUGAUGGUGUCUUUGUCAUCAUAGACACUGUGUACCUGACGGUGGGCCAGUUUGCAGUCAACAUCAUCGCACCGAUUUCCAUCGACAGAUAUUGGUACAUCUGUUCCCCCCUGAAGUACAGCGAAACCAUGACGUCAACGCGAACCGCUCUCCUUAUUGGACUGUCGUUUCUCCUCGCCAUGGUAACGAUGGUGCAUCCUCUUCUAGAGGGAGGGAACAACUACUUUAACCCGCCAUACAUCUUUUGCAAAUACCUUGGCCUGGCUCGCAAGAGCAGACAAGCCAUGAUCAACGUGUGCAUCUUGGUGCCCAUGAUCACCAUGGUGUUUUGCUAUUACAAAAUCUGGCGUGAACUCAAACGACACCAGAACCGACACAACAAAGUAUCCCCCAUCACGCGCUCAGAGAUGGAGUACAGUGAGACUGCGCUCCCGCCCAUCACGGAGACGCGCCACGCCUCGGUCUUCUCAGAAGACGGUGACGCCGACGAUGAGUUGGAGGAACCCGCCUUCUCCACCGAGGAUGACACCCCAAAGUCAGACCGGCCGUGGGGUAAGAAAGCUUCACAACCUGACGCGGUACCGACAGAGGCCUGUUUGGCUGAAGGCUGCAGAAACAAGAAUGCUCAGAGGUCCACGGAAGCUACUGGAGAGAGCCGACUGCAAUCGGUCACCUUGGCCUGGGAUGGAGUUCAGAUCUCCCCGGAGUUCCGAGCUCGGAUGAGGUCGGCCACCAUGGUUCUUCUCAUCGUGGCUGCCUAUGUGGUUUCCUGGGCUCCGUACUUUGCCGUGCUCAUCCGAAGCAACGCGCUGGGGGACGAAGUCUCCACCACUACCGACGGUCCAUGGCAGCGGUUUGCCACCAUGUUCUCUCUGCUGUCCACCUUCUCUAACCCCAUCAUCUACGCCUAUCGGAACCCUCAGCUUCGAAAUGGUUUCUUCCGACUGGUACGCAGACGAAUGCUGUAG